GAGGCUGCAGGGUGGUAGGUGGAGCACUGGGUGCUGCAGGGACCCGGGAGCCCGAGGGCACGGCUGCCGACAGCGUGGGAUGGUUCCGGGUGACGCCCUGGGCUGGCUUUGUGGCAGGUGAGCGGGUAAGCCAGGCCGAUGGCGGUGUCGACGGCCCUGUUGGCUGCAGCUGCGGCUGCGGCCCUAUUCUCGGCCUGGCAAUGCGAUUGUCGCAUUGGGCGGCGAUGCGCGGGCUCCUACAGCGCCUUCUGCAAGGGGCUCACGCGCACGCUGCUCACCUUCUUCGACCAGGCCUGGCGGCUGCGCGUGAACUUCCCCUACUUUUAUAUGGUGGCCUCGGUGAUGCUCAACGUCCGCCUGCAGGUGCGGAUCGAGUGAGCCAUCGCCCGCCACAACGGCGGUCCCCGGGUGGAGAGCGCCACCCACGCCACCCCGCCAUCCCCGCCGGGCGGCCGCAUGAAGGACCGUGGGGCCGCUCAGUGCCUAGAGAGCGCGGGGGGAAGGGUGUAGAUGGGACUGCCUGAUCCCCUCCAUUUUAGGCCUCCGCGGAGGGCCACAGUACUGCAUCCCAUACCACACAAAACAAAAAAACAAAACAAAACAAAAAAACUUAACAGCCUAGUCAUUUUCCGCGGCAUCCAGAGAAUCACCAGAGUCUGGCAAACCUGUUGCCUCCGAUUGGCCAGAAAGAGGGAAAACCCGAAAGAGGGGGUGCUACCGCAGGAUUUACCAGGCCCUGUGCAGGAAGGUAGGCGCGGACAGGUUGAAAUGGGGGCUGGUGGGUAUAACUUGUUUGUGGAAAUAGGGAAUACACCAUGGCACACCUGCUGCGUAGCCAAGCUUGGAAACUAAAAAGGUAGGCAAGGCUCUCCCGUGUCCCUGGUGGUGGUUCCAUGAUAGGGUAUUGGGUGGCUAUGACAUCUUGGAGGGUCAGCUCAUCACCAACACACAGACAGGGAGCCCCUCCCACCUUCCAGGCCUCAAGUUUCUCUCUCUCUCUCUCUCUCUCUCCCUCUCUUUUUUUGUAGGAGCCUCCUAAGAUGUAACCUGAACCCCAAAUGACAGAGUGAAUUGGGCCAGUGAGCCCCCAGGAAGGUGCUAGAAGAGUAAAUAUUUGCCCAUCGGUCUCCCUAUGUCAGGUGAUCAGAUAAAAUGGACAGUUCUUUUCUGAACCAAACCUCAGGUCUGUCCCCUUCUUUGCAUGCAGGCCCAAGGUUAGUCUCUGCAGCUCUGUGCAGCCCUUCUCCAGACUGCCUCCUGCACUCUUGGGGAUGGGGCAGGGGACUGUCCUCUGCCUGCUCCUCCUGCUCUCCCUCUUGCUCCCCUAACCCAGUCUGGGGCAUUCCUGAGGUUCUCUGCAUCUGAAGACAGGAAAGAACAGGAAAUACUGGUUACAAUCGUCUCUUUCCCCCACAGCCUGCUUCUCCCAUCCCCCUGUCUGCCCAGCAGCACCUGCGAUGACACUGGCCUUGGUCUUCUGGGUGAUGGCUCCAUUCUCUGAUCAUUUCAAGAUGGAUCCCUAUGUAGAGAUCCCUGCCUCUGUUCCUGAGCAGCCCAGGGAGCAGCUGAGUGAAGAACCUGCCUAGAAGAGGAAGGGCCUUUCUGGUAGAGGCCUAGAGAGUGGUGGGGUUGCUGAGGCCUUCUGGCCCCGCCAUAGAAAAGAUGCCAGUGUACCUCGGGUUAUCUCCUAGCAACACUGUGAGGGAGACAUAUUCCCUCAUCUCAUGAACACAAUGGGGCUCAAGUACUGGGCUUGGUUUGCCCUUGGUACACACAGAAGAAGGGGGAACUCAGCCUGCCCUGGACCUGCAUUCCCCCAUCCUUUCUGCAGUCUUCUUCAUGACCUGGAAGGACGCUAUUGUAUGUGUGUGGGGCGGGGGAGUAGAGAGCUGCCAGGGGACCGAGGGAGAAAGAGAGACCGUUGGUUAGGGAAGCUGGCCAUCUGCCUUUCCUUGGAGUGUGCUAUGGAAAGUCAUGUUGAAGACAGGAAUAGCUGUGGUGGAGGACCUAGUAAUAGAAUCUCAACCCCCUGGUAAGCCAUUUACUCUCAACAGAGCCAAAUGUCCCACCUCUGUAGAGCUUACCAUGGACUCCUAGGUAGUUCUGUGAUGCAGAUCUCUCAGCUGGUGAUGGUGGCAUUGUGGUUCCUAGGAUCGGGCUGCUACCAGGAAAGUGAAGAUGUUGAGAGCUUUGGCACCACCCCGUCUCUGUGUUCUCAGCCUUAGGGCUCCAUCCCUGGAUCACAUGGGGGAAUAUCAUACAGAUGCGUUUAGGAUAGUACAGGGGGCUUUGGGUGGGGUGCCCGAAUGACCAAAGGGACACUCAUCUCCUAUUUCCCUCAGUUCUUCUGGCACCAAUAGCCCAAGGUCCAAGUAUCCGGUUCUUAGGAUGGAAACCUUCAAGACGCUAGGAGGCCCCAGGGACAGAGUGGUCUGGGUGCACACUAAGAGUCAAGGACCCAGAGGAAGAUCUCCAUAUCUCUCGUUUCAGAUUGCACGAUUGAGGAGGAGCUUCACAGGUAUACUUGCCUUCCUGUAGAAGAAGGACCUUGACCUACUGGGAGAAAUGAGUAUGGAGACGGAGGCCCUGCCUUCUUAGACCUCCUGCUCCAGGAAGCCCCUCCCUGCUCGUGUCCAGUGCCCUGGCUGUGUGAUGGGGUUGUGAUGCACUUUACCUCCUUGCUGUCCGUAUUGCAAGCAGUGGAGCUUCAAUCAGCUCAGAGACUGGACCCGGAUGGCCGUACAUUUCCAUGUGUGAUGAACUCUGCGCUGCCAGCACUGUCUGGGUCUGAACUCAAUGUGUUUAAUUCAAAUUGAGACUGACGAGAAAGCAGAAAUGCAAGAAAGUUCUUCAGGCCACUCUGUGCAGUCCAGAGAUCCGUCUGCAGGAGCAGGUGGUAAAGUCCUUACUGCUGUCUGGCCAGGAGCAUGCGAGGAACUCAUGACAAAAUGAACCACCUGCCACAAGCUGGAGCUGGAUGCCUGCUUUUCUCUCAUGACUUUACCUCUGUUCUCUCAGAACUCCAUUUUGAGGGGUUACCAGAGAAGCCAGGAGCCCUAGGGCUGAGGCUGGAAAUUGGAACUGAAGUACCCACAUCAUCUCAUAACAAUCUACAACUCCAGUCGCAGGGGAUCUGGCAUUGUCUUCUGACUCUUCUCGGACCAAGAGUGCCCUUAUUGCUUCGAACACAUACACAGGCCAAAGGCCAAGCAGCCACUCACAGAAAAUUGUAAUGAUUAUUAGGAGUGGGCAAUUUUUACUAAUAGAGAAGAGUAUAGAUUAUGCAUAUGAUAUA